AUGGAUUUCCUACGGCAGCUCGCCGCUGAUCUCCAUGCGUUACGAUCGGAAGCUAAACGUAAGUACCCGGUUGUAAAGGAAGCAGUAAAUCGCGCAUUGGAGACGCUACCGGCUUUACAGCAGCAGUAUGCGGCGCUACUGCGUGUCGAAGGACGUGCGCCAGGUCCAGGACAUGUGAUGUUUCAGAGUGAGAGCGUCCUACGGCCUUUUUUAUUGGCCUGCAAUCACACAAAUGCAUCACAAAAGAUCCUAGUGCUUGCAUUGGCCAGUAUCCAACGUCUUGUGAGCUGGGAUGCUAUUGAACCUGCUAGUGUGGGAAGUAUCCUACGAGUCCUACAGAUUCAGGCCGAGAAAAACACCCAGGUUGAUGUACAGGUCAAGUUACUUCAGACGUUACUUCAGUUAAUGACAUUGGCGUACGAGGAAACAAAAAAAGGGUCAGGGAGACCUUUGACACGGGUUAGGAUCCUACAGGACGGUCAGGCUCGCGAAAACGUGCUGGUGGGGAAUGAAGAUAUGGUGAUGCAGGCCGUUUGGAUCUGUUUGCAUCUGCAUGCAGCUAGUAGCAGUGCUAGUUCUGUCGUGGGAAAUACAGCAGCCAUGACAAUUCGACAAUUGGUGUCAUUGGUAUUUGGAAAAGUGGAUUCAAAUCCAGAGGCAAAACAUGUUGGAGUGCUGUUGUUCCAGGAAUUGUGUUUCAUGAGUCGAGAAGAGAACGGCAUGUGGUUAAAACGCACAGCGACGUCGCCAAUGAGUGCUGCAUUGGGUGUGGAAUUACUGGAGACAGUCUUGGCAUCUCAUUACGGGCUUUUUCGACUUGAUAUCGAAUUCAAGGCGAUGUUAAAGCAUCAAAUGAUUCCUUUGGUACAAUUCGUACUCGAGAUGGGUUGUAAUGAUAAGUAUGGCGGGUCUGCCGGUUCAGGUAUCACGGGGCCGGCAAACACGUCAAUAACUAGCAGCAAUACGAACGGUGCAGCGGGCCCGUUCUUCCCGCUGCUUGUUCGCGGCAUGCGGCUUGCGAGCACCCUAUUGUGCCAUUUUGCUGAUUGUUUUGAGUCCGAGUGUGCGAUGAUUGUGCACGCACUGCUGGAAACCAUCGCCACCGGAACGUACACAACUCCAGAUACCUCGAAAGCAGCACCCACACCGUCCAAAUUACCUGACGCAAAAGUAUAUGCGGCAAAUGCAAUUGCCAAUUUCAAGGACGCCAAAAACUUUUUGACCCACUCGAGUUUAUCAAACACUAGUGCUUCCAGCACAACUGGCUCUGCUGGAGGAGGCAUCAAUUUCGUCACAUGGCCAGUUCUGCUAUCACUGGAAGUCAUGAAUCGUGUGUGUUUGGAGCCUGACACGAUUGCUGCGAUGGUGAGCUAUCCUAAUGGGGUCCUGGUUGCAAUUACUCGCACCACAUCUUCUGUAAUCAUGACGUCACCUCCAUUAGAUUUUAGGCCUCAAGGUCCGGAUGCCGCUGUACCUCGCUCGGGUCUCGAGCUGCUGAACGAGCAAGAAACGCCCAUGCUCCAGCAAUUUUACAUUGCUGUCCGUGUUGCGGCUUCGUGUCAGUGCAAUAUGGCAGCUUCAGUUUUUGAGUUAUCAAGAUCCACCGACAAUGAGAGAGAGUGUGAGAAGCUUGCUAAGGCAUGCGUUGCAGUAGUAGCCCCUGCAGUAGUUCAGUCCAUGAACUGCGUGAUGCGGCACUGCCGCGAAAUGGACCUCGUCACCAUGUCUCUCAAGUCAUACCAUGUGCUGGCUACGAUUGCGUCGCGGCUUCGAGCAAACAUGCAGAGUCAAAUUGCAAGGGAUACAUGGUGUAAGCCGAUGGGUGAGGUAGUUGUUACUUGCUUACAAGCCUUAUGCGGCUUUUGCUUUCCGUUGCCGGAUAGUAUUCGAGGAAACUCAAAGGUAUCUAAUUCAACGACUAGCUUUGGUGGCGGUGGAUCUACCGAUUAUCAAGAUGAAUCAGUGGCGGAAGAUGGCAAAAGCUGUCUCGUGAUAAUUAGCUGGCGCGAGGUGCAUGCGAUGAAGGCACUUUUCGGUGCUGCACACGUAAUGUGUGAAGAGCUUUCGCAGAUCGAGUGGUGCGUGUUACUGGAGGGCUUUGAGAUUGUUGUGGGUCUUACGGAUCCGAAGCUGAAGAACGGGCAGCAAAAACUGCCAACUAAAAGCUAUCGGAUCAGCGCUUUCCGAGUUGAAAACGAAGACGUGGAGCAGCAGCUGGCGAUGCUGAGUAAUUCGAUUGUGGACUUUUUUCGUAAUGCGCUCAAGCUGAGCAGUGGUGCACUGCGUAAGCUGUUAGCUGCAGUUCAAAGGGUUUCUUGGGAUCAAGUUGGUCUCCCACUGCCGAACAGAGAUUCUGGGUCGACUUCUGAAUCUGCUAGCAUAGUGUCAUCCUGCGACGACUGGACAAUAGUCGAUGAUGGCGAUGUGUCUAGUCCCGCAAGCUAUCACCUUAUGAGAACCUACCAAAGCUACUUAGGUGUUGGUCUCACUGGGUCAGGUACUUUCAUGCCAUAUUUUGCUUUGCGUAUGCUGACCCAGUUAGCGUCAAGUAGUAAGCGGUGCUUCGAGGAGGUUAUGCGUGAACUAGUCCUUAUGAGUACGUUUGUGCCCCAGGCUCCGCUAACGGCAGCCAAAUUCCCCCAGCUUGGCCAAUUCCAGGUCUUCACGACGGACAGUAUCCUGCAACUCAUGCAAAAUGCACUGCAACAUAUCGUCAACAGUGCAUCACCCACCGCAAAGCCGACAAUGGAAAAUCGUGAUGCUGUCAGAAACGAAGAAAACCUUGCGUCUCCGCAGGUGUUUAAUCAACAAGAACUGUUUAUGCCUUUGCUGGUGUUAGCACGCUCAGGCAUGAAAGACCGCGCAUUGACUGGCAUGCUUGAAAUGCUCAGCACCUGUGGUCACCUUAUCAGCAGUGGCUGGCCGCUGAUAUUAGCUGCAGUGCAGGAAGCUUGUGAGGCCGGAGACGGAAAGACGCAGGUGCUCGCUUUCAAAUGUUUGCGCCUCAUCGUUGACGAUUUGGUCGUGUCAAUUCCCAGCUGUUACCUCCCAGGUUGCAUCAAGUGCAUUGGUCGUUUUGGCAGUCGUGCUAAGGAUGUCAACAUUAGUCUUACGGCUGUGAACGAGCUUUGGAGCGUGGCCGACGUGAUCGGUAAGCAGAAGGCGCGACAAGAUGCCGAUCUCGGUCAGCGAAAACAAAGCCAGUGGGAGUAUAUUUUUGCUGAAUUCAGCUACGUAGCGUUGAACGACCGAGCAGAGGUGCGGAACAGUGCGAUUAACACCCUUUUUGGAACAGCAGUUACGUACGGUGCUCAGUUUAAACUAUGUGAGUGGCAACUCUUUAUGGACUCGACGGUUCUGCCGCUUGCUGCCAAAUUGUGCGAGACUCAGAAAAGGAAGAGCUCGCGCUCGCUUGAAAAGGAUGAGUCUAAGGCUUCUGCCAACUACAUGCUUCAUCAUUCACGCGAUAACGCUGAGAAACAGUGGAACGAGUCUCGGGUGCUUAUGCUGACUGGAAUUAGUCGCGUGUUGGAGACCAACUGGCACUACUUGUUGCAGCACACGUCGUGGUAUGUCUCCAUAUGGAGAGCACUACUUCAGCAUGUAGCGCUGAAUGCUGCUUUUGGAAUGCCUAAAGAAGUCGUGCUUGCGGCUGUCAAAACACUCCAAACGCUAUUACAAAUCUCAUCAGCAGGAGAUUUUGAUCACAUCACGCAGUCGCAGCCUAUUCGCGCUGGAGUUGGCAUGCGCGUUGUCGGGGGUGCUCUUGUUUCUUCGUCAACACCAACGUCUACCAUAUCAACUUCUCCGACUUUGCGGCGUGCUACCUCCGCCCCAGUGUUUCGGGAUCCUGCACUUUGGGAGGAAGCAUUCUGUCAACUAUUGCGCCUGUGCGACGAGAGGCAAACUGCUGCUGAAAAGGACGAGAAUCCUGCCCUUCCCUGGAAAGAAGACGAGGAACAGGAAAUUGGGAGCGCAGUGGUGUCGGUUUUGGUGACGCUAUAUACGCAGGCAAAAGAGUACGAAUUUAAGGAUGUGCGCAACGUGGAUAAGAUGCUGGAUUUAUUUGCAGCACUGAUCUCCCGUCAUGUGCUUGGUACGCCUACAAUUGGCCAUGGAGCAGUCACUAAGGCGAUCACGAACAUCACGACAAACAGCUUACAGUCACGCGUGCUAAACGCAUUUGAAGAGUGUGACUCAUUUGCGUCUCACCCGGAAGUUCACACAAAAACGUUAGAUCACCUUGUGGGGUAUGUGACACAAUCGUCGGCUAAGGAUCUUGUUUUCUUCACCCGCCACGCACUAACUUCAUUGGCGAAGCUGUAUGCUAGCGUAUCAAAGGAAGCCAAGGAGAAACGUUUUUUGUCGGUUCUCUUUUGCAUCCAGCCAUUCUUGAAGUUCGAUGCGAGCCACACUACGCCGGAAUCAAGCCCAUCCCCGUCUCCUGACAAGCCAAUGACGGCAGCGCAGAAAGCUGCGACGCAGUUGUGGAAGCACGCUUUGCGUGUCCUUUUGGUCGUUACCUCAAAUGGGCUCGUGGCUGUCCGGUUGGCUGAAGCUUGUUGGAGACCCUUGCUUGAAAUCAUCGUAGGUUUUGUCCAGCCAAGUAGGGGUAAAUUCCCAUCAUGUGUGCAGUCAGAAGAGGACGAGGUGUUGGUGCUGAGUGUGCUAGAGUGCGCGGUGGACAGCACCAUCGCACUGCUUAGCGAUGGCAGCGACAUCAAGUCUCAAGCCGGACACCAGUACAAUGCCUUUAUUGGCGAUUUGAUAGCAGUGCUGUGCUCCGGUAUGGAUGCGAUGGAGCACAACAAGUCUAUUAUUCGGUGCUAUGUGCGGCAAUUGGCUACGAUGUGUAUCCAAAUGGCAGACAAAGAGCUGACAUUGUUCGCACGUGCCCGACUUGUUGCGUGCUGCAACAAAGCCUUGGUGCGCUUUGCUGAUUUAGACAGUUCUACCCUCUCAAAACCGCAGUCUCCAGACAUGUCGGCUCAAGCAUUGUCGUCAAUUCCAGCACUUUCUGGGGGCGACAUUCAGGAAGACAUUCAGGUCGUCGCUGCCCGUGAGAGGGUGGUUGUGUUUCUGAAAAGUGCGUUGGAGGUGGACUUGCAGCCGCGUAGUAUCAUGGAGAUGUAUCCAGCGCUGUGUGGUUGCAUCUCGUCUAGUAGUUUAGAGGUGCGCCAGCUUGUGCAGCGGUUGCUACUGAGUGGCCGACUUCACGAAUUCUGCCUAGAGCUCAUGGGUGAUUGGGAGCGUCAGUCUCAUUAG